GUGCAUCCAACGUGGGACUCCGGAGGAUCGAGCAGGAGAAAGGAAAAGUAACCGUAGACAGGGGGAAACUCAUGGUGGAGGUGCACGGACAGAAGGAGGCGGACUGGGUCGUACUGUUAAUCGGAUCGUCGGGAUUUGGCGGCCACACAUCGCACCUGAUAACCUGUCGGCGGACUCCUUGUCUUAUCUCAAACUUGGAUUUAGUGCGGCGGCGGAGGAGCGCAGCGCAGAUUUGGACUGGAAGCGGCGCUCGGCUCCAGGGACUCGGGGACUUCACUUAUUAACCACCAGCUCCACUUCAUGGUGGACACCGGCGCUCCGCGGGCUUCACACCGGGCUCCAGCUCCGGUGAAGUUUGUUUCAACAGUUCCGCUGCUGCUCCGCGGAUCCACAGUUUCAGCGCUGCCCGGUGUCCUCUACCGCUGGUGCAUGUUUCCAAACAUGCCGACCCGAGCUGCGGAGAGAGUACACUUCUAACAUUUGUAUGGACAAACUCUUUCCAAGUGGAACCGAAGUGAAGCGACAUUAAAGUUGCCUGCUGUGAACCACCUCUGACUUUUCUUUUUUAAGCCUGAGUCGGGGAGCGGAGGAGAAAGUUGGACUUGGAACUUGUGUCCUACACUGACUGGGAUGGAAACGGUUUCAUUUCCCGAGUUGUGUCGUGUAUUGGCCAGUGGACGCUGGAGGAGAUGAUUUAAUGUGCUGUGAGCGCCAUUCAGCCCCAACGAAGCUACAUUAAUAUCCCGGUUCGUGGGGUUGCGAGGAGAGAGCUCGGCGGCCGCGCUAUUAAAGCUGGAUACAAAAUGGCGGCUUCCCUGGGACGAUUUGGAUGUGUUUGUGCGUGUGUUUUUUAUUUAAUCCUGACGGUCGGACUGUUCGGUACUUGUGGACUGGGUUCAGACCUGCCCUGUGCCCGAAACUGUACCUGCAGCGGAGAUUCAGUGGACUGCAGCGGCCUGGAGCUGACGGAGACGCCCGCGGACCUUCCUGCUCGGACCGUCUCCUUAAAUCUUGGGCACAACAAGAUGACGGCCAUCAGCGCUGAAGCCUUCUCCAGCCUGCCCAACCUGCGAGAGCUGCGGCUGGACCACAAUGAGCUGACCUCCAUACCACAUUUAGGACCGGCUGCUUCCAAGAUUGUAUCGCUCUACCUACAUCACAACAAAAUCCGCAGUAUUGACGGCAGGCGUACCAGAGAGCUGGUGUCUGUGGAAUCUCUGGACCUUAGCAAUAAUGACAUCACCGAGCUACGAGGGCACAGCUUUCCUGCAGGCCUUCAAAUCCGAGACCUGUACCUGAGCAACAACAAGAUUAGCCUGUUAGAGCACGGAGCUCUGGACCACCUGGGUUCAACGCUACAGGUCCUGAGACUGAGCAGAAACCGCAUCAGCCAGAUCCCCGUGAGAGCCUUCCAGCUCCCAAGGCUCACCCAGCUUGAGCUGAACAGGAACCGUAUUCGCCAGGUGGAGGGUCUGACCUUCCAGGGUCUGUCCAGCCUGGAGGUGCUCAAACUGCAAAGGAACAGCAUCAGCAAGCUUACUGACGGUGCCUUCUGGGACCUGGCAAAGAUGAAAGUCCUUCACCUGGACUAUAACAGUCUGACAGAGGUGAACAGUGGCUCCCUGUACGGCCUGUCUUCCCUUCAGCAGCUGUUCCUCAGUAACAACUCUAUAGCCCGCAUCAAUCCCGAUGGAUGGAAGUUCUGCCAGAAGCUGAGGGAACUCAAUCUGUCAUACAACAACUUGACUCGUCUGGAUGAAGGCAGCCUGGCUGUGCUGGGGGAUCUCCACACCCUCCGUCUGGGCCACAAUUCCAUCAGCCACAUCACAGAGGGAGCCUUCAGAGGCCUCAAGGCCGUACGCAUCCUGGAGCUGGACCAUAACGACAUCUCGGGCACAAUAGAGGACACCAAUGGGGCCUUCUCUGGAUUGGACAGCCUCAACAAGCUGACUCUGUUUGGAAACAAGAUCAAGUCGGUGGCCAAGAAAGCCUUCGCUGGCCUGGAGACCCUGGAACACCUGAGCCUGGGAGAGAACGCUAUCCGUUCCAUCCAGCCCGACGCCUUCAGCAAGAUGAAGAAUCUCAAAUCCCUUCUCAUUCAGAGCGACAGCUUCCUGUGCGACUGCCAGCUCCACUGGCUGCCCGACUGGUUGGUGACACGUGGUCUGCGGGCUGGAGUCAAUGCCACCUGUGCCCACCCAGAGAGCCUGAAGGGCACCAGCAUCUUCCAGGCCCCGGGCAGCAGCUUUGUGUGUGAUGACCUUCCAAAGCCCCAGAUCACGGUGCAGCCAGAAACCACGGUGGCGGUCCUCGGCAGCAACGUGCGUCUCACCUGCACGGCUGCGAGCAGCAGCUCGUCCCCCAUGACCUUUGCGUGGCGAAAGGACCAGGAGCUGCUUCAACACGCCGAGACGGAGAACUACGCCCAUGUGCAAGCUCACCAUCAAGGCUCCACACAGGAUGUGCCCGGUGCAGGCGGAGGCGUGAUGGAGUACACCACCAUCCUGCACCUGCGACACGUCACCUUUGCACAUGAGGGCCGUUACCAGUGCAUCAUCACCAACCACUUUGGCUCCACCUACUCCAGCAAGGCCCGCCUCAUUGUCAACGUGCUUCCGUCCUUUGUGAAGAGUCCUAAGGACAGCACCAUCAGGACAGGCCACACAGCCAGGUUGGAGUGCGCCGCUGAGGGCCACCCGACCCCUCAGAUCGCCUGGCAGAAGGACGGCGGCACGGACUUCCCUGCCGCCCGCGAGCGGCGAAUGCACGUCAUGCCCGACGACGACGUGUUCUUCAUCAUGGACGUCAAGCCGGAAGACAUGGGCGUGUACAGCUGCACCGCUAAAAACACAGCAGGCACCAUGUCUGCCAACGCCACCCUCACUGUUCUGGAAACCCCCCACCUGGCCCAGGACCUGGGGGAUCGCAGCGUGGUGGUCGGGGACACGGUGGCCCUGCAGUGCAAGGCCCUGGGCAGCCCGCCCCCCCGUAUCACCUGGCUACGCAAUGACCUGCCCCUGCGCCCCUCCGACAGACACCACUUCACCCCGGGGAACCAGCUGCUGGUCAUCGGCUCGGCCGCGCUCGAGGAUGCCGGUCGCUACACCUGCGUCAUGUCCAACACGCUGGGCACGGAGCGCGCCCACAGCCAGCUGGUGGUGACGCAGCGCCGAGGUCCCUGCACCGCGGCGCCGGGCCCCAGCACGGUCACUAUUGGGAUCAUCGUCAUCGCCGUGGUGACGAGCAUUGUGGUGACGUCGCUGGUGUGGGUGUGCAUCAUCUACCAGACCAGGAAGAAGAGCGAGGAGUGCAGCGUCACCAACACAGAUGAGACGAACGUUCCUCCAGACGUGCCCAGCUACCUCUCCUCUCAGGGCACUCUGUCCGAGCGGCAGGAUGUGUGUAUCCGAGUGGAGGCCAGCGGUGGACCUCAGCCCAACGGACACAUCGUAGACACCGCAGGUUUCGACGGUGCAGUUGUGUGCACAGAUUGUAUGGAGAACAGCAACUGCUACUCCAAAGAUCCCGAUUACCUGACGCACGGCUUCGGCCCUGCUGGAGACAUGGAGUACCAGCAGCACCCUGUCCCCCCGCCCUACUCUCACUUUUACCCAGCGGAGCAUUAUGACACAGGGUCGACGCCACUCUGCAACGGGACGCCCAACGGGAUCCGGAACAGUCAGGGAUCCACGUUUCGAGAAAACCACCAUACGUUACAAGUGAACCAUCAUGAUAAAAAAGGGAGCAGAGCAGGACAGACGCCGGCGUGCUCGCCAUCGCAGGAGGAGUCCUUCCAUAAACCGGUGAAGCUGGCCGGCGUGACGAGCAACGGUCGCUCCGACACAGACUGUGAGCCUGAGCUCAGACAGACUCUGCUGUCCAACGGACACGCCCUCAGAGCGUCUCCGAAUGAGAGCACCCCCCUGAGGAGAGCCAGCGACUAGCGUCCAAAACCCAAACACGAACUCACAGGAGAUGGAUUUUACUUUUUUUUGCACUGGGAAAUAAACUGCUACCUCAUAUCGAGGUGAUUGAUCCUGCGCCUCCUGGAUAAAGACUGACACGAAGCGCCGGGGGGGGGGGGGGAAUCAAACGCAGGCGGCAUCCGGAGUUUGAAGGCGGAGCUUGUGUGGGUGGCGUCCCAUCUGAGCGUAUCAGCUGUACAUAGUUAUAACCUUCCCCUGGGAGGUGACUAAUACAAAUUCUAGCUCCAAAAAAAUGUGACUUGCAUUUGAAGCAUGUAAAUGUAGGGAAUCUUGUACAGUGUACUUAUGUGCAGGGGCAAAAAAGAGAAAUAUACCUUUGGACAUUGGACUGUACAUAAGAGUUUUCUUAUAUUAUAUAUUAUAUAGCCUUUACAAAAAGAGUAUUUGAAUUUAUGUGCAUGACAAAGAAAGGAGUGAUGGUAUUUUUAUUUUUAUUCAAAAACAAAAAAAAAAAAGAGACAAAAACAGCCUUUUUCAGCUUUUACCAACAUCCAGCUGCGGUGCCUUAUUGCAUGAUCAAAGAAAAGUCAACCUGUAAUAACAUAUAUCAACAGACUGUUUGUGAGAGAUACUGGUUCACUCUUGAUAUAGAAAACAAAACACUUGAUUGCACUUGAAUGUUUCUUUUUGUGACAAAUGCUGCCAAACACGGCCUUACGGAAAAAAAACACAGUUCACAGCCGUUAUUGUAUGAAGGAGGAGUUUUGAUUGUCAAUUUUGUUUCGGUACGUUAGACGGUUCAUGGUGCGAUGAUUUGUGGAGCGGGUGGUGAAAAGCACUUUUUAUUCUCACUUCAUGAACAAGCAGAUCCACGACAUCUGCCAAUAGGAAAACAGGAGCCUCCUCUGCACGAGGAGACAUCCACAUGAGGUCCACUCUGUAACGUUAAGGCUCUUCCACCUGUUUCACAUCACUACAUGUUACUGCUAAGCUGCUAGGAGCUCUCUGCGGGGAAACCAUUCUGCUCUUACUCCAGUCAGGUUCUUUAUUUUGAUUUUUCCGGAAAAAGUCACUUUGGCACACGUUUGGAACCAAAUGUGGCCGAACAUCAGCUGGCAGCUGUAACGUGGAGCUGUGUCUUUAAUCAAGCCAGUAAUGAUCUGUGUGUGGACACAGGACACCUGUCAGGAAGGCUACGGCUUUGGGCCUCGGAGCACUGACGUGUAAUUUGGCCAAACUGAAGCUAAAUGGAAGUGAUGUACUCUGUCGUUAUGUUACUGCUGUAAUGUUGCUCCUGAUCCAGCGUCGUGCAUCCAGAAGCACAUUGCUUGUAUUCCUCCUCUGUGUCAGUGAGGCUACAGGUGAAUCACGCUUUGUGCCCCAGGUGAAUAAAGGUGUGGCUUGAUGCUGUGAACAGUGGAAAAUCUUGUGAAAUGGACUCGAACCAAACCCGAACCCACAAACUUACACGACCCCCCCGACACACGGAGGGCUCGACACCAGUAAGAGGAGCUGCAUCCUGUGCCCCUCUGUGUGCCCUUGUCUGAAUUGUGUUCUGUUAGCAGUGGCCUUAUCAAGGUGAACUAGAGGACACGUUCCUCUGGUUACACCUGUCACGGGUGAUUUUGAUUUAGAUUUUAUUUUUUACCGGGACGACCAAUCAAGGGAGCCCUGGUGGGGAAAUAACAAUCCCUGGACGCAGCAGGUGAAAGGGACGAGACGGAGCGAUGGUUGUGCAGUUUGAAUAAUUUAUUUGAAACAAAACUUGUCUGAAACCGUUGUAAUGGCGUCAAAGCUGAAACGGUGAAGUCUAACAUGGCAUUGAAGAGUCUAAUAAAAAAAAUCACAUUUUUCUAUUA